AUUCUUUUUCUUGCUCAUUAAUUAUUCUAAUCUCGCAAUUCCAAUUUAUUCGAAAUAUUUCCAACAAGACCUCAACGAUCAACAUAAUUCAUACCUAAAAGUAUUCGGAAUUAACGUGAAAGAGUUUUCUUCUGAAUCAAUAAUUAGGAUAAUGCAGUAGAGUGUCUAAGCCGGACAAAUAAAUGCGAUAUACAUCAGAGGAGCUGAAGUAAUGAGUCAAGAUAUCAUCAGAACAAACUCAUCAGUUGAAUAAUGCGCGAAGUAAAACGCGGAAAUUAAUCCCUUUGUCAACUGUCUGCCUAUAAUAAUGUUUAUCCGUCGAUGGAAUGACUGAUAUCCAGAAGUUAUUACGUCGAGUCGCAUAACGAUUUGAUCAGUGACAUUGGGGCUCAUCAUGAACCCUCCACGUGUUCCAGUAAAAUACCUAGUGAUCGCUCUGUCAAUGAGGAUAUUCGGUGCUCUGGCAGGUUCAGAACCUGUGUGGUUCUCAGAUUUACUGAACUACAUCGAGAACAACAACGAGAGCUAUCGCCAAGUAAUAAUAAUAACGUGUAAAAAUCCUGGAAUACCAUUCGAGAAUCCCUGGAUCCGAGCAAUUCUCCACGCUGCAAUGUCGACUUAUCCAACAAUCAGAAUAAAUGUUGAUCUUUCAUCGGAUAUUGAAGAGGAAUGGUCGUCUCAUCGAACCGAUUCAACGGCGACUCUCUUCAUUUUUGUGGACGACAGAAAAAAAACCAGAUCAAUAGUGCCAAGACGAAUCAUAUCCAUCAUGAAGAAGUUGUCGUUGAGCAAGAAAUUAGUCAAGUAUCUGGUGACUUUUCUGUCGUCAACACAAACCCAAAACUUUGACCAUCUGCUGAGAUACGCCUGGCGGCUGCAGAUGAUGGAUCUGGUUAUCCUAGAAGUCGUCAGCUGCAGAAGAGAUCCAUUAACCAUCCUGAAGAGAUGCGUUGAGGACAUCUCACCAGUGAUUCAUCACUUUAAUCCAUUUGUCGGUUCGAUAAUAAGGAAGACGUAUCAUCCAGGGAUUGAGUGGUUUCCAGAUAUCAUGAAGGAUAUGCAUGGGUAUCCCCUGAAAAUCGGUAUUAUUCAUCAGCCACCAUUUUCCGAUGUGUCCUGGGAUGAAAACUGGAAUUACAAGUCGGGAAGUGGAUGGGACAUCACGACCAUGGAGAUUCUAGCCGAAGAGAUGAAUUUCACGUUGAAUAUUCUUCCGCGAUUGUUGACUUUCGAUGAAAUCGUCAAGGAUAACUCGUCACGAGGAUUGUUCGACCUUUUGCGCACUGAUAAAAUCGAUAUUCUUGCCUCUGCCAGCCCUCACUUCACGGAGGACAUGGAGGAGAAUUUAUUUCGUAGUGAGAGUUUAUUUAGGGAAGAACUCUGUGCCCUAGUUCCUCUGGAGAAAACCACACGGAUACCGUUUCCAGCGGCUAUUGUUGAAGGUAUUAUCAUGACCAUUGGAAUUGUCGUUGUCUUCUGGGGAUCUGCAUGGCUCUUCCAGUUACCCAAGUCAUGGAGUAUCUUCAAGACUUUUCGCGUGUUGUUCGCCAUUCCUGUGCACAGCAAUUACUCGGACUUCAAGAUGUCUCAGCGACUUGUUGUUCUGAUUCUGAUGAUCAUAUCGUUGUUUUAUACAGCGAAUUUUUACGCUUCCCUUAUGAAACUCAGUACUGAAGUUGAUGGGGAGGUUGAGUAUGGGAGUUUUGAUGAACUCGAUCGAUCGGGGCUUGACCUCAAGAUCUCGACGUACUUGAUGAAUAAGACUUUUGGAAAUGUAAGUGAAAGUGAUGGGGCGAUGAUGAAUUUGAAGAGCCGAGCUGUCGUGACGAAUGCCAUAUGGGAGUGUCCAGCGGAAGCUGAAAGAUUCAGGAAUGUUGGCUGUUUGAUGAAUCAAAUCGAGGCCAAGUGGUUCACCACAGCGACUUAUCGACGUGGACAGCCAACUCUCAAGUUGAGCAAAGUCUGCUUUUGGAAAGACAGUUAUGCUUUUCUCGUUAGAGCGGGAUCUCCAUAUCGAAGGAGAAUAGACAGAUUGCUCAAUGUUUUGAUAGAGGCUGGGCUAAAGGUCAUGUUGUAUCGGAAUAGUACAUUCAGCAAACUGUUGAAGCGUGAUCAAGAGGAUGAGUUGUUGGAGGAACUCGAUGUGCCUCCUGAAGGAGUUCUGCGGGAACAGCUGACGGAUGUCUUGUUGUUCGGUUUUACAACGGCGACGGUGACAUUCAUUGGAGAAUUUUUGUGGUAUCGUGGGGGCAAAAUACUCAAGAAGAACAAGUGAUUAUUGAUAUGUGGGUGUCUUACAUCUCACCUCACAGAACUUUUGAAUUUUUCAUUAAAAAAUUUGUGUCUGCAGUACCUGUAAUUAAUUUACUCCAGAACAAAGUUCAGAU